AUGGGUUCGUACCUGAACAAGCCGAAAACCGACAAGGAAUCCGAGGACUUGGAGAACGACCUGCUCAUGUGCGGCGUCAGUUCAAUGCAGGGCUGGCGCGAAAAACAAGAGGACGCCCACGUCUGUUUGGUGGACUUCGACGAUGACAUGUCGCUCUUUGGCGUCUUUGACGGACACGGCGGCGCUGAAGUGGCGGAGUAUGCCGUUGAGAUGCUGCCUUCACUGAUCAAAAACGAACUGUUCGAACAAGGUGAAUACGAAAAAGCACUGAUCAAGGCUUUCAUGGAUUUCGACGACAGUCUGAUUGAACCGCCAGUAUUAAGGAGGCUGAGAACUAUUCGAUUGAAAAACGGCAAAACAGAAGAGAGUGAUAAUGGCGAUGUAGAUGACAAAAAACUUGUUGAAACGGAAUUGGCUGGAAAAGACAGUGGUUGUACAGCAGUUGUAGCUUUAUUGGUAAAAAAUAAGCUUUAUGUGGCGAAUGCGGGGGACUCUAGAUGUGUGGUGUCCUUUGCCGGAAAAGCCCAUGCGAUGUCAAAAGAUCAUAAGCCUAAGGAUAAAUCUGAGUUGAAGAGAAUUCUUGCAGCCGGUGGAAGAGUUUCAAGUGAUGGACGAAUCAACCAUGGUCUUAAUAUGUCUCGAGCUUUAGGUGAUCAUAUGUACAAGACAAAUAGUUUAUUUCCAAAUACCAAGCAAAUGAUUACUGCUCUACCUGAUGUACAAGUCAUUGACUUGACACCAGAAAAUGGCGAUUUUAUAGUUUUAGCGUGUGAUGGUAUUUGGAACUCGUUGUGCAGUCAGAAAGCAGUUGAUUUUAUAUCAAAUCGUAUUCACUGUCCCGACAUCAAAUUAUCAUCAAUUUGUGAAGAAUUAUUUGAAGUAUGUUUGGCCCCUGAUACACCAAAUGCUGGAGUUGGCUGUGAUAACAUGACUUGUAUCAUUGUGAAGUUCAAACAUCACCAGAAACGUUCACUUACGGAUGAUGUAGAAGAAGAAGAAUCUGAUCUCGUUACUGACUGUAAGAAACCUAAAUUGGAUGUGACAGCACCUGAAUCUGUAGAGUAA